AUGGAGAAGUAUUCGCAGUACCGCGACAGAGGCACCGGGGUUGCCCCCUUUUUUCCCGUCACCACCGAGUCCUCCAAGCUUGCGCUACCCCUCCACCUCUUCCUCUUCGCCUGUCGCGUGCCGCUGCUCUUCACCGCUGCCGCAGUGUACUUCUUGCUGCUCAGCUGGCUUCCGGUCGGCUCGCUAGUCCGCAAAGCUGCGCUAUGGCUGAUGUUGGGCAUACCCGGCAUCUGGUGGAUAGAUUUACAGAUCGACGGUGUCAAGAGAGGGUCUUUGGCGAAGCAGGAUAAGAAGCGCCUACCUCACGGAGGCACAAUCAUCGCCUCCUCCUUCACCUCGCCCCUCGAUGCUCUCUAUCUCGCCGCCAUUUUCGAUCCGAUUUUUACCGUCUCGUACCCCUCCACACGACUCGUCCAACGCGUUACUUGCUUCGGAGCCAUCCUGCAUGCCCUAUCCUCGCCUGCUGACGUUCCGCCGCCCAACGCUACGCUCGUCCCCAUCGCCAAGCUCAUUGCACAAAAUCCAGACGCUUCGAUCGUAGUCUUCCCUGAGUGCACGACCACCAAUGGCCGCGGCAUUCUGCCAUUCAGCCCGAGUCUCCUGACGGUUCCAGCAAGGACGAAGAUCUUCCCCGUCAGCCUGCGCUACACCCCAACCGAUGUUGCCACUCCCAUUCCCGGGAAAUACCUCAAGUUCCUGUGGAAUUUGUGCUCGAAGCCUACCCACUGCAUACGAGUGCGGAUUGCUGAGGCCGUCUUCAACACCGCCGGCUUCAAGCUCGAGAUGCCAGCUUCUUCAACCGGCCGCGAUCACUCGCCCCUGCCAAACAGUCGCAUUUCAGCGAACGCCUUUGAGGGAACUCCACUUGGCGAGGGGAUUUCAGAGUACGCUGAGCUUAGCCCAGAGGAGAAGAAGGUGCUUGAUCGCGUGGGAGAGGAUCUGGCUCGUUUGGGCAGGGUGAAGCGGCUGGGUCUGGGCGUGAGGGAAAAGUCGGAUUUUGUGAAGGCAUGGACGAAGAAAAGGCGCUAA